GCGGAGCGGUUGCCCCGGUAACGCGGCGUGGCGGCAUGGCGGCGGGCGGGCGGCCGCCCAGCCUCUGGGAGCGGGUGUGCGCAGAGUAUGAAGCAGAGCAGCCUCCAUUUCCAGAUGUUCCUGAAUCAAAACGUGGAUCUGUGUCUUUGGGAGCAGAAAUAUUGCAGCCAUUCUGUGUGGAGCAAUUUUAUUCAGCCCCUGCAGCUGAUACCAUAGCUGAGGCAGCCGCCUUUCCAGAGCCACCUGAUCCAAAAACAUGUUCUCCUGAAGACUACUUAGAGUAUUACAUAUUUCCAGUACUCUUACCCGGAUUGGCUGAACUUCUCCAUCAAGCAGAGAAGGAAAAGUGUUUUGAGAGAAAAAGGACCAAAUUUAUUGCCUGUGAUUUCCUAACUGAGUGGUUAUACAACAAGAACCCAAAGAGGAAAGAUGAGUCAUUCACAGAAUUCUUUUCCAUUCCUUUUGUUAACGACUGGCUAAAGGACCAUCCUAGGCCACCAAUUCCUCUAUCUCUCCUUCUAUCAGAAGAAGAAGCAAGCGUAGUAAUUCAGUCCUUCUGGAGAGGUUAUCGGGUCCGCUGUGAUAGCGAAAUACAAGAGCUACGUCAGUGGCAAAAGCAGUUGAGAGAGGAGAAAAACAUUAUUAAGAGAGUGAAAGAAUUCUGGACUGAGCAGGAAGCCAAAGUGGGCAAACCCCGUCCCGUCGUGAUUCUGAGCAGUGCGUUCUGUAGAUGCAGUACUGAUGAAAAAGUAUCUGUCCUACAAUGAAAGGAAUUUGAAACUAUUUGACCUUUUUAAUGAAAAUACCUCAAUCUCCAUUCAUCACGUACGUGAACAAAACGCUCUACUGACGCUGUCUGUUACGAUGGUUAUUUCUCUGCUGCUGUGCUGUUGGAAAGACAACUGGUUCUACAUACACUGUCUAGUACUUCCA